UUCUCGUCUCUUUACCCACAUCCAAAACAAUUUCAACCCAGCAAGCAAUGGCCCCCCGCACCAUCUAUGAAUUAUCCCGUUUCUCUUGAUCUUCCGUCGAAACCCUAGAUUUUUGUUUUUACCCUAUUCGAAUCACAAAAUCCCAAAUCCAGAUUCGAGAACAUAAAUUCAUUCCUCUAUCAGGAGAUUUAACCAUGGAAAGGCUGCGCAUUUGACGGAUGUUUGCAGAAGGUGAUUAUGAUCAAAUAUUCUUCACUUCUCAAUUUGGUACUAAGAACCCUUAUUAAGAUUUCAGUUUUAAAAUGGGAAUUCAGUGAGACAAGUUCAUCGAGUAACUUAUCCUCGGACUCGGAAGACUCAUUUAUGGAGAACUUGUACAAAUAUGGACCUGUUAUGAUGUGUAGAAGUGUAGAAACACUCAUGGUUCUAGGAUUUGGUGAGAGCCUGUGGUUGGUUAGAUUGUGAUUUCAAACAUAUAUUUGAAUUCACUCCAAUGGAUAAAAUGUGCGAAGAGAUUUUAUUUCCUUUUCGGCCCAAGUGGCGUAAAGUUGCAUAUGGAGGAAUGCAACCUGGGUACGACGACAACUACACAGAUGAAUCGUUCCUCGAAGGUAUGGUCAUGAACGUGAAUGUCGUAAAACGUGACUUGGUUAAAGUUAUGAAAGACUCGAUUUCCAUAUCUCAAUAUCUGUGUAUUGUCUCUCUUGUAGUUUGUGUUUGGACCUGUACACUAGAAUCCAACAUUAGCGAGGCUUCUUUGUUGAUCCUUGACGUGGGUCUCUUAGGAUCAGGAUUUCUAGUUCUUCUCUUAACUGCUAAAAAACUCUCCAUUCGCCUUCUCUGUAAUUAUCUUCUCAACAUUUCCUUCUUCAUUAGCGGAUUAUACAUAUUAGCUCCUAUCUACCACACACUCACCAGGUCAAUCAGUUCUGACUCGAUUUGGGCACUUGCGGCUUCACUUCUUGUACUACAUCUCUUCUUGCACGAUUACGCAGGAUCCACAAUUAGACCACCAGGGGCACUUACUAAUCCGACAUUGACAAGCAACAUCUCUUUAAAUGCUUCUAUUGUGGCUUCCGUUCUAAUUGCCUCUCGUCUUCCAUCAAGACUACAAGUGUUUGCAAUUGUUCUGUUCUCCUUGCAGGUUUUCCUCUUUGCCCCACUCAUCACUUAUUGCAUCAAGAAGUACUCUUUUGUUCUUCACCUCUUGUUCUCAUUUGGGUUAAUGGUAGUCACCUUAGGGUUCGUAUUCACGUUGCACCGUCUGUUAUUUGUACUACUGUUGAGUCUGUUGGUGUUUGUCACAGUUAUUUGUCCAUAUUGGCUUAUAAAAAUUCAGGAAUACAAAUUUGAGAUCAAUGGUCCUUGGGAUGAAGCUAAACUUUGCUUUGAUAUAACUGAGUAACCACCAGCUACUCUCGUCGCCUUUAGAUACAACUCCCAUAACUGACAUGUAAAUCAGUUCAAGAUACCUUGUACUCACAUUUUUGUUAAGUUUCUCAUUUGUAAAUUUCUAUCAGGAAAUUAAAUAUGAAAGAGAAGUAAUAUAAAUAUUCCAUUAUUUUUUCUGUA